GCAUCUUGUCGGUGGCGGGGCUGAAGAAGCAGUUCUACAGGGCGAUCCAGCUCCUCAGCGAGAAGGUUGGUGGGGCCGAAGGGACCAAACUGGAUGAUGACUUUAAAGAGAUGAAAAAGAAGGUGGAUGUCACCAGCAAGGCUGUGGCAGAGGUGCUGGUCAGAACCAUAGAAUAUGUGCAGCCUAACCCAGCCUCGCGGGCCACGCUGACUAUGCUGAACACAGUAUCCAAGAUCCAGUGCCAAGUGAAGAAUCCUGGCUACCCACAGUCAGAGGGUCUGCUGGGAGAGUGCAUGGUCUGCCAUGGCAAGGAACUAGGCAGAGAGUCCAACUUUGGUGAUGCCCUGCUAGACGCAGGCGAGUCCAUGAAGCGCCUGGCUGAGGUGAAGGACUCGCUGGACAUUGAGGUCAAGCAGAACUUCAUUGACCCACUGCAGAACCUGUGUGACAAGGAUCUGAAGGAGAUCCAGCACCACCUGAAGAAACUGGAGGGCCGCCGCCUCAACUUUGACUACAAGAAGAAGCGCCAAGACAAGAUCCCUGAUGAGGAGUUGCGCCAAGCCCUAGAGAAGUUCAAGGAGUCCAAGGAGCUGGCAGAGACCAGCAUGCACAACCUCCUGGAGACUGAUAUUGAGCAGGUGAGCCAGCUCUCGGCCCUGGUGGAUGCCCAGCUGGACUGUCACCGGCAGGCAGUGCAGAUCCUGGAGGAGCUGGCUGACAAGCUGAAGCGCAGGGUUCGGGAAGCUUCCUCACGCCCCAGGCAGGAGUUCAAGCCCCGGCCCCAGGAACCCUUCGAGCUUGGAGAGCUGGAGCAGUCCAAUGGGGGAUUCGCCUGCGCCCCAGCACCUAAGAUCACAGCUUCCUCAUCAUUUAGAUUGGCAGACAAGCCCUUCAGGACGCCCAGCAAGAGUAUGCCACCCCUGGACCAGCCAAGCUGCAAGGCGCUUUAUGACUUUGAGCCAGAGAAUGAUGGCGAGCUGGGCUUCCAAGAGGGUGACCUCAUCACGCUUACCAACCAGAUUGACGAGAAUUGGUAUGAGGGGAUGCUGCACGGCCAGUCAGGCUUCUUCCCACUCAACUAUGUGCAGGUGCUGGUGCCUCUGCCUCAGUGACUGGCACCUACACACCGCUGCCAGUCACAGUGCAGCAGCAGUCUAAUGCCAAGGUGCUCUAGAAACACUAAUGUUCUUCCAGGGGGCACCUCCUCUCCACUCCCUCAGCCCU